GAAAACCUCUUCAAACUUCGUCUUUUGGAAAUUACUGGCGGUGCAAUUGAUUACUCGAAUUUCCAUUCCAAGUCUACUUUACCUCUUCAUUUACAAGUUUUAUAGAGUGAAUACCUUUAAUAAAAUAAAUACCUGGUUGCAAAGGCUGCAAAAAAUGCUAAAUAAUACCUUUUUUUUAAACACUUGACCUAUUAGCCAGCUACCAUAAGAGAUCACCUUAUCACUUUCGUUCAGCCCAUUCAUUGCCCAUCAUUCAAUACAAUUAUCGUAAGUGAUGGUUUUUAUUGAAUUUAGUGUUCUACUUGUGUUUGACUGUACGGGUUUAUACGCUCACCGUUUGAUAACCUCAUCCUCAACUUUAUAAGGGGGUUGCCUAUCUUUAACAGCCUAAGACCACCUACUAAUCUUGAAUAAGAUGUCAAAGGCAUUGAGUUUAUUAGCAUUUGAAACCCUCCAUAACAAACUUUUCCAAGAGUCAACCUCAGUUACUUUAGCAAAGUUCAAUGAUUUAACAGAAUCAUCAGCACUGGACUAUCCGGAAAAUGCUCCUCUUUUCAUUACUUGGAAUAAAUCGGGCCAGUUAAGGGGAUGUAUUGGAACUUUCCAAUCUUUACGUAUUGAAAAUGGUGUCAAGCGUUUCGCUCUCACCAGUGCUUUAGAUGAUCCUCGUUUUCCUCCAAUAACUAAAAAGGAGCUUCCCUUGUUAUCAGUUUCGGUGACUUUAUUAGACAAUUUCACGCCUAUAAGUCUGCCUCUUGAUUGGCAGAUUGGCUUGCAUGGUUUGAAGUUGCAAUUCGAAAAAAAUGAUGAAUACUAUUCAGGGACUUUUCUCCCAAGUGUAGCGGAAGAGCAAGAGUGGGAUCAUAAAACAACUCUUUAUUAUCUUCUUAAAAAGGCAGGCUACGAUUUUGCUGUGAAAUCCAAAGUCAUCGAGUUCUAUGAAGAUGGUCUUCAAGAAGGUUGGAUUCAAUUAGAAAGAUAUGACGGUUUAAAAAACCAUUUAGUUUAUGACGAAUUUAUUAAAAUUAGAGACAAGGCAUGAUUGUCAUAAAAAAAAAUUAUAUGCUGG